CACAUCCCACCCAUCAGGACAGCAGUGCUUGUGAGCAUUUCUGGAAUCCAAGCUCUUCCCACAGAAGGAGGGACAGAGCAGGCAACAGACACCAUGGAGUCCCUCUCAGCCCCUUCCCACAGAGGACUUGUCCCCUGGCAGGGGCUCCUGCUGGCUGCCUCACUCUUAACCUUCUGGAGCCUGCCCACCACUGCCCAGCUCACUAUUGAAUCAGUGCCGCCCAAUGCUGCCGAAGGAAAGGAUGUGCUUCUCCGUGUCCACAACCUGCCUGGGAAUCUUGGAGGCUAUGCCUGGUACAAAGGAGAAAUAGUGGACAGCAACCAUAAAAUUGUAUCAUAUGUAAUAGACACUCAAAAAAUUACCUACGGACCUGCAUACAGUGAUCGAGAAAAAAUAUAUCCCAAUGGAUCCCUGCUGUUUCAGAACGUCACCCGGAAGGACACAGGAUACUAUAUCCUACUAGCCAUAGACAAAAAUUUUCAGAGCAGACCAGUAACUGGACAGCUCCAUGUAUACCCGGAGUUACCCAAACCCAGCAUCACAAGCAACAUCUCCAACCCCGAGGAGUACAAGGACCCUGUCAUGUUAACGUGUGAACCUCAGAUUCAGAACAUCGCCUACCUGUGGUUGGUCAGCAGUCAGAAGCUCCAGGCCAGUGCCAGGCUGCAGUUGUCCAAGGACAACAGGACUCUCACUUUACUCCCUGUCACAAGGAAUGAUAUGGGACCCUAUGAGUGUGAAACCCGGAACCCCGUGAGUGCUGGCCGCAGUGACCCAUUCAUCCUGAAUGUUCUCUAUGGCCCGGAUGUCCCCCUCAUUUCACCCUCGGACUCCCAUUAUCUACCAGGGGCAAACCUCAGUCUCUUCUGUCUCUCGACUUCUAACCCACCUGCACAGUAUUCUUGGCUUGUCAAUGGGAGGCCCCAGCAACCCACACAGGAGCUCUUUAUCCCCAACAUCACUGCACAUGACAGUGGAUCCUAUACCUGCCUCGCCCACAACUCUGUCACUGGCCUUAAUAGGACCACGGUCAAGACUAUCACAGUCUCUGAACAAAACUACAAGGGCUACUCUGUGGGGACCAUCAUUGGCAGCGUGAUCGGGGUCCUCGUCGUGGUGGCUCUGGGGGCCUCCCUGGGCUAUUUCCUGUACCUCAGGAGGACUAGGAGGGCCAGUGACUGCCAUGGCCUCCAAGAGCACCCACCUCCAGCAGCCACCCCUGGUGAGUGUCUGUUCAUCCUGGAACCCCUGGGCCUGCCCCACAGUGUCCACCCCUGCCCUGGUCCCUCAUGCUCUGACCCUUCCCUGGGCUUCAAGGGGGAUUCUCAUCACCACUCUGCACAGGGGACCCCUAAUCGCCAGUCAACCCUGACCUGAAGGCUGUGUCAUGUGUCACCACC